AUGUAUGCAGAUGUGCAGAUGUUCAUGGGAAAGUUGCAGCAGCUGAUAAACUGCAACGAUAAUGAAUUGAUCAACAACCAAUCAAUUUUAUGUGAAAGGCCUCAAUUCCAUCUGCUUUAUGAAGAACUUGGCUCCAUGAUCCAAACCCUUUUCAACCACGAAGACCAAGAUCUACACAACUUUGAAGAAAUGAAAAAACUGAAGAAAAGAUUCAAAGCUGCAGCUGAAGAGGCAGAAUAUAUCGUCGAUAUCUUUCUAUCCGCUGUCCACUGUAGAAACAACAGGUAUUCACCUAUAUCUAAUGUCUUCCAGCCCUAUCUCCACCUUGAGGUUGUUAUGAGAUCAAUCGAUUCUAUCAAGAUGGAAUUCAUGACUAUGAGGAUGGAUAACAUGAAGAUGGACGCUUCUCAGAGAACUGACAGACUGCAAAUGCAAUCUUCUGGAACUUCCCGCAGUAGAAAUUCAAUCGGAUCGAAUAAAGUAAAGGAAGAAAUGGUUGUGGGGUUUGAUCGUGAUGCUGAGAUAAUACGGGACAAGCUUGCUGAAGAUGGAAAGCAUCUAGAUGUGGUCUCUAUUGUUGGCAUGGGUGGAAUUGGUAAGUCAACCCUUGCUAACAAAGUGUUCACUGAUCCUUUUGUUGUUUAUCAUUUUCAUAUCCGGGGAUGGGUUACUGUUUCCCAAACAUAUGACAAGCGGGAUCUGUUGAUUCAAGUUCUUUCAUCCAUUGAUGAUGGGUUAGAGCUUGAGGAAGCAACAAACUCUCAACUUCAUCAAAUCUUGCACAGGAGCCUAUACUUUGCUUGGCAUGCAAAAUUACAUGGACUUAUUCAUCAUUUACAACAUUUGACAGAAGAAGAAAGUUGGAAGUUGCUGUGUGAGAAGGUGUUCAAAGGAGAUGAAUGUCCCAAAUGGUUGAUAAAACCCGGAAAGCAAAUUACAAAAAACUGUCAUGGAUUGCCGCUUUCUGUGGUUGUGAUGGCAGGAGUUUUAGCAAAAGAACCAAGGCAUAAAGAUGUGUGGCUAAAAAUUUCUUACAGUGUCCAUUCGUACAUGGCUAGUGACAAGAAAGGAUGUCUGGAAACAAUAGCAUUAAGUUACCACCAUCUGCCUCUUCACUUGAGAGACUGCUUUCUCUAUCUGGGAGGGUUUCCAGAAGACUACAAGAUCCAUUCACCAUGGUUGCUUUGGGUAUGGAUGGCUGAGGGAUUUAUACAAGAAGAUGGAAAUCAAAGCUUGGAGGAAAUUGCCAAGGGUUACCUGGUGGAUCUAGUUGACAGAAAUCUUGUAAUUGUACAAAAACGAUAUCUUUCUGGUGAUAUCAGACGCUGUAAAGUCCAUGAUCUUGUGAGGCAGCUAUCAGUGGAAAAGGGAAAAGAAGAAAGAUUCUUCCUAAAAAUAGAACCACCAUCUAUUGGUCUUUGUGAUAUCAUAAGAAAACAAAUCAAUAAAUUGAGAAAUCAGAAUAAGGUAAUUACCACAAGUAAGCGUCGCCGUGUGGUCACAAAUCAAGAAAUCGACAUUAUGAGUUUGUCUCAUCCGCCCACCCCAAGUAUUCGAUCGCUUUUGUGCUAUCCUAAGAAAACAACCUUAACUGACAAUAUCACAGAGUUUAUCCAUUUCUUUUCACUUCGAAGGGUGUUAAAUUUAGAAAAGUUUUUCCGUUCCUUUGCACUUCUUAGGGUGUUACAUCUAGAUAAGAGUAAAUUAAUUGGUUUUCCCCCUGGUUUAGGAUUACUAGUUCACUUAAGGCACCUUGAAAUUUGGCUGCAAUCAUUCCCACAAUCAAUAUGCAAUUUAUGGAACCUUCAGACCCUCUUUGUUAGCACAAGUUCUAGUUCUAUGGUUUUACCUAGUAACAUAUCAAAUUUGGUGAAUCUGAGGCAUUUAACCUGUAACGCAGAUUUUUAUCUUCCUUCUAUUGAAAAACCAAUGAAAUUGGAAGUUACUACAAAAGUGGUGUUAGGAGAUGGGGUAGAUAAUUUUCAAAAAUGUUUUCCUAGGAUCAAGAGACUUACAUCUACUCUUUACUCUGGUGAGGAAAAUGACUUUGAAGUACUCCAUUACCUCCAAGUAUUGAUGUUAAUUGGGCCGGGCUACAGCAGAAGGAAUCACAUUAGGUUUCCUGCAACAUUGAAAGAACUUACACUUGUAAGGUGUGGUCUACUAUGGAGCGACAUGUCGAUCAUUCAAUCGUUACCUAAUCUUGAGAUUCUCAUACUAAAAGACAAUUGCUUUGAGGGAACCCUGUGGGAAACAGGUGAGGAGCCAUUUCAACAACUAAAAUUCUUGUGUCUUGAAGAGUUUAAUAUCAAAAAAUGGGAAUCCUCAAGUAUCAACUUUCCUUGUCUCAAAGAAUUACAGGAGCAAGAUGAUGUGGGAAACUAUGAACUUGAGAUCAUAAUUGAUGGAAGGAAAAUGCCCUCUUGUGUACCCAAGUGUGAAGAUUAA